AGGAAGAAGGACAUUUAUUUCGUGGGUCUGUGUCUGUCGAAGACUGGUUGAGGGUGUGAUUGAGAGGGAGUGUGUAACGGGCAGUGUGAGAUUUGGCUCCACUGAGGUUUGCAGCUUGCGGUGCUUGUUAGCCUGGACAGUAACAACUUGCUGAAAAGACCAUACAGAACGGAGCACAGACAGGGAAAGGGGCACAAGGAAUGAAAGGAGCAUAAAGGGAGCAGAAAAAAGGAGCAAAGGCACGACAGAGUCAACGCCGCAGACACGAGAGUGACAGACGACAGAGACUGGCAGAGAACGAGGAAGAGAAAAAGGGGGAGAAAGAGACCAGUUGUUUGGAGUAGAUAGUACACCAGACACCGACAGAGGGAAAGCUUGCAGACUGGUGCUGGCAUGGCAGACGCAGAUUUGGACUUCCAGACCGGCGAUGCUGGGGCAUCUGCCACUUUCCCCAUGCAGUGCUCUGCCCUGCGCAAGAACGGCUUUGUCGUGUUGAAAGGUCGGCCCUGCAAGAUUGUCGAAAUGUCCACCUCCAAGACUGGCAAGCACGGACACGCCAAGGUCCAUAUGGUCGGUAUAGACAUCUUCUCUGGGAGGAAGUAUGAAGACAUCUGUCCCUCUACUCACAACAUGGAUGUUCCAAACAUCAAGAGAAUGGACUACCAGUUGAUCGGAAUACAGGACGGGUACCUGUCUCUCCUCCAGGACAGUGGGGAUGUGCGGGAGGACCUCAAGAUGCCUGAAGGAGACCUGGGAAAGGAGAUUGAUGCAAAGUAUGAUGCUGGAGAGGAGAUCCUGAUUACUGUUGUAUCUGCGAUGAAUGAGGAAUGUGCAGUUGCUGUCAAAGCCAUGGCUAAGUAAAGUACUGCAGGGGUUGCAAGAUGUGUUGGACCUGAAAAAGGAAAGAAUACGACCUCAACAUUGCUAUUCUUCCUCUUUCUUCUUUUUCUUCAAAUCAGCCGGUCCUUCUUUCUUUCUGUACUUUCUGGCUCUUCUUUGGGUUAAGUUAGAAAUUUAAAUUUAAUAAAUAACAGGAAAUUAAAUACAAAGGAAAAAGUCUUUAUAUAUACAUGCAAGGUAAUGGUACAUGCUAAUAUCAGUAAAUAAAGAUUUAACAGAAAAAUAGAUCAGGGAGGUGUGUAUUCUCACUCAGCCUCCUAUGGGUAUUGUGGGUAAUGGUAAUUUGGAUGGUGGCAAAUGUUCUUGGGCCAAAAUGGAAUGAUUUGUCCACCACCCUCCAAAAAGGCAGAAUUGCUUUUCUGGUUUUAACUUUUAAAGGGCUCCUUCUCUCAAAAGCAGUUUCUCUUCUGUUUUGGUAUGAGCUGGUUUAGUUCUUCUGUGUGGUAAUCCCUACUAGUCACCUCCAUACUACUACCUGCCUUUAAAAACCACUGUUAGGCCAUAUUAGGACCACAAUUACAUGCAGGGUUCUAAUGGUUGAUACUUUAUUAAUAAUAGUGAUUCAAUUAGUUCAAUUUCAGAAAAUAAUGAAAUGCACUUGUCAGUCAGUUUGUUUGUUUUCUCUCCAUACAAUGAUUUAUGUCAGCCUUUUUAUGACAAUGUUACUAUUCAAACUAGCUGGCACACAAGGUUUUCAGUGUUUCAGUAGUGUUGUAGCAACACUGUGCCAGUAGAACAGUAGUGACAGUACUGUCAAGAGAACGUUGUUUGUUAGCUGAUAAAAUCAAGGAUGAUUGUUUUCACAGACCCAUAAUGUCACAGAACCCAGUUUUAAUUGUCACUCUUUACCCUGCUGGUGCAGUUACAAUUACUUUUUUUCCUCCCAAACUGUCAUAAAUCCUCCAUGAAGUUUGAUGUCAUUCAUCCCCACCACCCAAACUUACGCAAUCAUCCUUCAGUUUAAAUGCUUCUUCCAAGCCAUUUGUGCUCACCCUUAACCCAAAAUUCAGAAGUAUACCUUCAGACAGAUAAUUCCACUAGGAAAGGUGAAUGAUAUAAUUUUCUCCUCUUAAUGGCAUACUAUGCAGGAUUUUAAUCUUAAAAAUAUUGUAAAAUAACCAUGCUAAGCCAUAUCUGUGAUGCACUGCACUCUGUCCUUACUCACUUUCGCCAAAUUACUGGACCAUCACUUGUAUUUAUUCUAAAAUGUGUUUGGGACGUUACUGGGGCGUAACAUUCUUUUCUGUGUAGGGAGGGGUGGGUGUGGCUACAGAGCCUGUGGUUUGGGCUCAGCUAUCAGUUGUUAGCUUUGUGGCUGCUGCAAUGGCAAAGAAGCCCAGAUACUGCGAAUGUUCAAGAAUUGAAGUUAACCUUGGAAUUGAUUUCUCUUGGUGGCGUCAGCUGAAGUUUGCCAAGGGGAUGAAAAACGACGCAGAAUUGACUUGUUUUCCGAUGGACCUGUGGGUGACGUUACCUCUUGUUAUCCAGCAGUUACAUUGGGUAGCUAGAUGGCCAAAGUCAGGUAGACUACUCGAGAUGAGUGCGCAGGCUUGAAGACAGAGGAGGAGACUUCUUUGUAAACACAUGACCACAGAAAAGAUAAAAAAUCCUGCGUUGUAUGCCUUCAAUCCUAGAAACCUCCCAACAGACCAUUGGUUUAUUUAUUAUUCACUUAAUUUCAAAUCAUUUUAAUUAUGUUCUAGAACUCUAAAGGUAUUGAUGUUUUGUUUAGCCUAGGCUAUCAUUUUACCAGCAAGUACUGUACUGACAAAAUACGGAACAGUGGUAGUAGUUCUAGUGGGAGUGAAUAAGACUUUUGACUUGGUCUUGUUGAUUUUGGAGAUAAGUACCCACUUGUAUAAGAAUCCUAGUCCCUAAUUGAAGCUGUUACAUUUUACUUACUGUGACAAAUAGGGACAAGCACUCCAUUUUUACACUGGAAUCACUAGAUUUGGUUAAAUAGGGGAUUUUAUUUUACAGUUUUAUUACGAUUUCAUAGACCUAGCCACUGUGGCAUUAUGCAGUCAGUUUUACUCCUCCUUUGAGAAAAGCAGGGCAGAGAAGUGAAGUGUAUUCGUGUAUAUAUUAAGGGCGUAUCCAAACCUGAACACUCUUCAUUCAUUGGUAAGUCAUGGAAUUCCCAUGUUACUACGAAAAAGAACUUGUCAUUCACAAAUUAAAAGUGAGCAUUAAAUGGAAAUGAGUCAGACUUUCUAAUAAGAAAAAGACUGGAAAUCUCCCUCUAUAGCUAUUCAGGAACCAUGGAAAAUCACUUCCAAAGGAGCAGCAUAAUGGAAAAAAAAUAAACAGCACUUUCUUGCACAGUAUAAA